ACCAACACUGGAGCUAUAGUAGGAGGCGUCCUCGGUGCCUUCGCUGGAGUCGUCCUCAUUGUUCUGAUCAUCUUUUUCGUGAUGCGACGACGUAGACGAUCUAUGGCGAAGCCCCACAAGUAUGUGCCAAGUGUCAAAAAGACACCAGCAAGGCGCCCCAUUAAGCUGCAGGACUUCAAAGUGCAUCUGGAUUUACUGCACAGUGACUCUAACCUUCGGUUCCAGGAGGAAUUUGAGGAUAUACAGGAGAGAAGUCCCAAAGGCUACUCACAAGAUGCUGCCACAACCGACGCUAACAAAGUGAAAAACCGCUAUGUCAACAUUCUUCCUUAUGAUCACACGAGAGUGAAGCUGACCACAGCUGAUGAUGACGAAACGUCAGAUUUCAUCAACGCCAAUUACAUCCCUGGCUUUUCAUCGCCACGUGAGUACAUCGCCACCCAGGGCCCAAUGACUGGUACAGUGGAUGACUUCUGGCGCAUGAUUUGGGAGCAAAAGUCUGGAGUCAUCGUCAUGCUGUCAGACCUGCAGGAAAAAGGACGACCUAAAGUCGACUUGUACUGGCCAACGGAGCCCAACUCGCCCGUGCAGUAUGGCGACAUUGUUGUUGAGCUGAAGUCGACCUCCACCCUAAAUAAAUACACCAUUCGUGACUUCAUCAUCUCCAUGGAGUCCCAGGAGAAACGCAAGGUGCUGCAGUUCUUCAUCCCAGGUUGGGAAGACUACAGCGCUAACCUGGACUCGGAUGAUGUGCUGGAAUUCAUUCAGGCCGUACGUCAGCAGGCGCGAACGUCCAGAGGACCGGUCACUGUCCACUGCAGCGCCGGCGUUGGUCGCACUGGGACUUUUAUCGCCCUAGACUUCCUGAUGCAGUACGUCAACGACAACGACCUAGGGGCGGAUGUGGACAUCUACAACCUGGUGCUCAACAUGCGCCACAACCGCCCGCACAUGGUGCAGUCCGAGAAACAAUAUAUUUUCAUCCAUGACACUUUGAAAGUCAUAAUAGACAAGAAGAUCAAAUCUAUGCAAGAUGACAACAACAUCUACAUGAACACGGGCGACGACAAUAUAUAUGCCAACACCAACCCCGCAUUUGAGCCAGAGGAGAAUUUAUACAUGAACACUGACACAUGGAAACCAACAACCUCCUUGUGAACACGGCUGUCAUCACUCUGACCCAGACAGCAGAAAAUUCUGACAGAAUCUGUUUUCAUGUCCCCUAGUUUUCCUUUCCCUGUCGCUGAGACUUCUGACUGUUCUUACUGCUGUUAGAAGCCACCUGUUGAGGAGGUUUCAUCUUACAUAGUACUGCCACCUUGUGCCAUUUACAUCACCGCAAGUGCCAUGUGUUGUUUCAUGAUCUUAAUCACAUCUUCUGUAUUUAAUCUUCCUGUUGAAAGUACACACAACGGACACGACCGUGAUAAUCGAUGACUGUUUCAAAACCGCUGUUAUUUCCUGAUAAACCAUGAUUUUGUUCUUGUUACUGAUGAAUGAUGUCUAUACUCUUUUAUAUUCUAAUGACUGAUGCUCAUAUUCUGAUAGUCAUUAAUGAGUGAUGCCAAUGUUUCAGGCAAAAACGAUAAUUUUCAGUUCUUACAUGUACAUGUACAUUU